GCGGGGACGAGGCGGCUGCUUCCCGCGGGCCAGUGAGCGGCCAUGAAGACCCUCAUCGCUGCCUACUCGGGGGUCCUGCGAGGCACUGGCUCUAGCAUCCUCUCUGCACUACAGGACUUAUUCUCCAUCCCCUGGCUAAAUAAAUCUAAGGUUGAGAAACAGCUUCAGGUCAUCUCUGUGCUACAAUGGGUCCUUUCCUUCCUUGUCUUGGGAAUUACCUGCAGCCUCAUCUUCAUGUACAUAUUCUGCACAGAUUGUUGGCUGAUCUCAGUACUGUAUUUCACAUGGCUAAUUUUUGACUGGAAUACCCCAAAGAAAGGUGGCAGGAGAUCAAAAUGGGUGAGAAAUUGGGCUGUGUGGAGAUAUUUCCGAGAUUAUUUUCCCAUCAGGCUGGUGAAGACUCACAACUUGCUAACAACCCGAAAUUACAUCUUUGGAUAUCACCCCCAUGGUAUCAUGGGCCUGGGGGCCUUCUGCAACUUCAGCACCGAAGCCACAGAGGUUGGAAAGAAAUUUCCUGGUAUCCGGCCUUAUCUGGCAACUUUAGCUGGGAACUUCAGGGUCCCUGUGUUAAGAGAAUACUUAAUGUCUGGAGGUAUCUGCCCUGUCAACCGUGACACCAUUGACUAUCUGCUUUCCAAGAAUGGGAGCGGCAAUGCUAUCAUCAUUGUGGUGGGGGGUGCUGCUGAGUCCCUGAAUUCCGCACCUGGAAAGAAUGCUGUCACUCUGAAGAACCGGAAGGGCUUUGUAAAACUAGCCUUGAGGCAUGGGGCUGACUUGGUUCCCAUCUAUUCCUUUGGGGAAAACGAGGUUUAUAAACAAAUAAUCUUUGAGGAGGGCUCAUGGGGCCGAUGGGUCCAGAAGAAGUUCCAGAAAUACAUUGGCUUUGCUCCUUGCCUUUUCCAUGGUCGUGGCUUCUUCUCCUCCAACACUUGGGGCCUAGUGCCAUACUCUAAGCCUAUCACCACAGUUGUGGGCGAGCCCAUCACCAUUCCCAAACUUGAGCAUCCAAGCCAGAAGGACAUCGACCUAUACCAUGGCAUGUACAUGGAGUCCCUGGUGAAACUCUUUGACAAGCACAAAACUAAGUUUGGCCUUCCUGAGACAGAAGUUCUGGAAGUGAACUAAGUGGACUGGGCUGGUGGCAGGCGGCCAGUAGCCUCCUCUCUGGGGGAAGAGUCAGCCUCAAAUCAUUUUUCUACCAAGUUCUCAAGUGCUUUUUGUUCUGUAAAUUUGGAAGCCUCAUGGGUGUCUGUGGGUUAUUUUAAAAAAAAUUAUAAUAACAAAAUAAUUUUGUUAAAAUAUUACAAUGUUAGGUCUUUUUUAAGGAAAAAAGUGAAUGUAUCAAACUCUCUUGCUUCCAGGCCAUCCCACUUUGAACAGCUAAUUUUAUCCUGGUUUCUCUCCUCGUUUCUCAACUUGAUUCCUUCCAUCAUCCAAAAAAAACCAGUUACCUUCCUAUUUAAUUAUGAGGAGGAGACUAGGACUGUGUUUGAAAGCAUUCAGGAUAUGAAAUUAGAGGAAGCUAGAUUCAGAUCUUAGCCCUACAAUUCACUGUCUUGGGCAGGUCACAUGGUACCCAAAGUUCACCUUCUCCACCUCUAAAAUGGGAGGGAUUAGACUAGAUGGUGUCUAGCAUCCUUUCUAGCCUAAGGAUCCUAUAAUCCUAUAAAAUUUCACCUUAGGCCCUAGAGAAAUAAUUUUAAAAUCCAACCACAUUCUUUUUGUUCUGUCCCCAGCCCUAGUGUGUUCACAUUAAUGUGGACUUGUUUCCCAACAGCAUAACAUUCCCUGCUACUGUCUGGUCCUAAAGCAAGGAAAGCGAUGACCCUCUAAUGCAAUUUAACUGCCAUUGAUCCUGAUCUAUAUUGCACAAGUGGGGUGGACCUUUGGGUGAUUUCAUUAAGCAGAGAAAUACUUUCCCAGGUAGAGAGGGUAGUAUGUAGGAUAGGAAAUGUUAGUGUUUAUCUCCCCUUAUUGUUUUGGGGGAGUGGGAUGGGGAGGGCCUGAAAACUACCUUCUACUUUUUGAGAUUUUUGCAUGGUCUGGUCCCCACUUUCCCUACCCCCAACUCUUUUUGUCACAUGUAGACCAGUAAGCACACCCUAUUGAUUCCGUCCCCUCCUCAUCCCAAUUCCCCUUUGGUAAAUGUUUCUCUUUCAAUCUGAAUGUUAGAGGAUACUGGACCUGGCAUAAAAUGCUCCUAACUUAACUGCCUGGGUGACCCUGGGCAUGUCAUUCCACAGAUUUAAGCCUCAGUUUCCUCAUUAAGCAGAGAUAGAGACAGAAAUGCAAUAUUGGGGUUCAUGAGCUCCUUCCUGGCUAGGGAAAUGCAGGCCAGCUCCCACACGGGGAGAAUAAUCUGUGUGGCCCAACUGAAAAGGUCUUGAAAGGAAGUUGAAGAUGUGUGUGGAUGAGAAUUCAUGUAGGACCAACCCAUAGGGCCCAAGCCAUGACUUUGAUGACAGCUAAAAGUUUACAUCAAGAUAGCCCCCUCUCCUGUUUCUGCAUCUGAGGGUAGAAGUGACCUCCAUAGGGACUGUUCCUCCCAUUCAGGGCCUGGUUUGAGGCCUGGUGGGCUUGACAAGUGGUGCCAUUUACCUGAAGGGCAAGUGCCAGGAGUGACCCCAACCUCACAUCUGUGUCAGAAGCUAUAUAUAUGUGUGGUCUUGGGCAAGUCACCUUCCCUGGGCCUCAUUUUCCUCCUAUAAAAUGAGGACUAUGGAUUACUUAACCUUUCAGUUCCCUUCCAGUGUGAAUCCCUAUGAUCCUCUCAUCUACGUGCCUUUGCAGAGCAGGGGGACCAGAGAUGCCUUCUCACAUCCUAGCACCUUAUGGCAAAAUGAGCCUGUAUAUAUAUAUGUUCUCCAUAUUUCUCAAAUCAAUGUACCAUAUCAAAGCAUUUUGUACAAAUUUAUAGAAAUAAACUUUGGUUGGGAUCGGUGUCUUUUC